UUUUGGAUACUUAUUGGUGCAUAUAUAAUUGAAAUUAUGAUCACUACAAUACUCAUUUGUAAAUUUUGCAAAUCGUGUAAUCAAAUGGGUAUAUACAGGUGGUAUUUGAUAGGUUUAAUACCAAGUUCCAUAAUAUUCUCACUUCUAAUGGUCACUGUACGUGGUAUGCGUGCACGUUUCCCAUUGAAUUAUAUCUUCCUGUUUUUAAAUAUAUUGUUAUUGUGUUACACAUUUAUCCCAUCAAUACUAAGAAUCACACUCCCAUUCAUAAUCGUAUCCUUUGUUGUCGCUUCAUUAAUUUCAAUUCCAAUGAUAUUACUCGGGAUGUUAAUCAAAGCCAAAAUUUCUCCGUAUUGGUUAAUUGCUGUUUUGGUCAGUUUCAUCGCAGUCGGAUUAAUAAUAUCGAUUACAUUGUGUGCGUUAACAAUCGAUGUCGCACUUAAUGUGAUGGGAGCAUUUUUUCUCUUGUCAGUUUUACCAUUUCUGCUGUUUAUCGGCCAACAACUGAAAAUGGAAUAUUCUCAAAAGAUGCUUCCGUCGAAAUAUAUGUUGUAUGCUGUUCUGAUAUCAACAACAUAUUUGUUCAUAUUUUAUUCGAUCGCCGUGCAGUUUUAUAAUUUGCAGAAAAACAACAAGAUCAUUAUAUGGGAAUGUUUACAGUGUACCUCUUACUCUGACUAG